CGGGUAGAGCGUUGCCAUGGUAACCGCUGUGCGUUUGAGCGCGCUGUGAGAAACCGGAAGUGCGUGUCCUAGUAAUCUGCUACAGGAAAGGAUGGCUGACGACGAGAGCGUCAAAACGGAGGCUUCACUACCUGUGGCCACGAAAGCCCGUCCUAAAAAAGCCCCAGAGCUCCCGAUACUAGAGAGGAGGAACUGGCUCAUCCAUCUACACUACAUCCGUAAAGACUACGAGACCUGCAAGGCGAUUAUAAAAGAGCAGCUGCAGGAGACUCAGGGCAUGUGUGAAUAUGCCAUAUAUGUCCAAGCUCUGAUCCUGCGUGUAGAAGGAAAGAUCCAGCAGUCUCUAGAGCUGUUUCAGAGCUGUGCCAUCCUCAACCCCACCAGCUCAGACAACCUCAAACAAGUGGCUCGCUCCCUUUUUCUCUUAGGGAAACAUAAGGCUGCCAUUGAGGUCUACAAUGAGGCGGCUCGUCUCAAUCAGAAAGACUGGGAGAUCAACCAUAAUCUCGGAGUUUGCUACAUCUACACCAAGGACUUCAAGAGCGCUGAGGAGCAUCUAAACAUGGCGCUGCAGCUUAACAAGCACGACAUGACUUACAUGAUGCUGGGAAAGGUCUACCUGUUACAGGGAGACACAGAGAAGGCCAUUGAGAUCUACAAGAGUGCAGUGGAGUUUUCCCCAGAGAACACCGAGUUGCUGACCACACUGGGACUCUUGUAUAUGCAGCUUGGAAAAUAUCAGAGGGCCUUUGAACAUCUUGGGAAUGCUCUGACUUAUGACCCAAACAAUUACAAGGCCAUCCUGGCAGCAGGAAGCAUGAUGCAGACACAUGGGGAUUUCGACGUGGCUAUGAAUAAGUAUCGUGUGGCGGCUUUCACCGUGCCUGAAAGCCCCCCGCUCUGGAACAACAUUGGCAUGUGCUUCUUUGGCAAGAAGAAAUAUGUAGCUGCUAUAAGCUGUCUGAAGAGAGCAAACUACUUAUCUCCAUUUGACUGGAAGGUCUUGUAUAAUCUGGGUUUGGUGCAUCUCACCAUGCAGCAGUACGCCUCAGCCUUCCACUUCCUCAGUGCUGCCAUUAACCUGCAUCCACGCAUGGGAGAGCUCUACAUGCUGCUUGCAGUUGCCCUGACCAAUUUGGAUGAUGUAGAAAACGCACGCAGGUCAUAUGAACAAGCUGUUCAGCUCGAUGAGUCCAACCCUCUGGUGAAUCUGAAUUUUGCAGUGCUGCUGUAUAAUCAGGGAGACAAGAAGGCAGCACUACAGCAGUACCAGGAGAUGGAGAAAAAAGUCCACAUGUUGAUAGAGCGCAACAGCAGCACUGAGUUUGACCCUGAGCUCGUAGAGAUGGCUCAUAAAAUGGGUGCAGCCCUUCAGGCUGGGGACAAUUUAUUCUGGUCGAAACCAGGCAAAGAGUCCAAGAGCAGCCAGCGCUCAUCUUCCAGCAAGACGUCCUCCUCCCAGCAGCCCCUGGGCUCCAAUCAGGCCUUGGGUCAGGCUAUGUCGUCUGCUGCAGGUUACAGCAAAUGCAUGCAACUGGCUGCAGAGCCGGAUGUGGAGAGUGCACCAGCACCCCCCUCUGAGCCUCCAGGAGAGGAAUAUGAUGGUGAUGAAGCAGCAGAACUUCCCAAAGCCAAGGAGAAGAAGAAGAGCAAACCCAGAGCAGUGGCAGAGUAGAACUUCCCAAACAUGGACAUAUGCUACCUGCUGCUUGGUAAACAGUGUGUGUGCGCUUUAUAGAGUUUUAAUGUCCUAUGAAUGUAUAGCUUAUUUAUUUUUAGGCAUAUUGUUUGGACAAAGAGUUUUUACAUUAUGAUCUCUCUACAGACCUAUUGCUUGGAUGCUUACUUGGCUCUUAAGAGUCUGCCACGUUCAAGCUUUUUUUUUUUUUUAAAAGUUCACUUGGUUACAUCAUUAAUCAAGUCUGAACCUGGAGGAAUGCUCAGGAACGAUUAGACUUGUAUACAGAAAUGGCUUAUAGUCCUUGCUGUGUUGUUUUAAGCACAUUAACACUAACAGGGUUUUAAUAAAUAGAGAAUCAUAUGUUACACUGACUUUGAAAUGUAAAACAUGUUUAUACCUACAGUAUCAUUUUUGUAAAUUGUAAUAAAUAUGUCCUUAUGGAUUCUGAAAUGCAAAUAUCCAUUACAUUAAUGUAGAGCAUCAUGCUUUUCCAACCUCUGUAUCUGAGCUAGAUGAAAAAUAAACUAGUUCUGCUGUUUGCAUUUUCCCCCA